AUGGAAACCCAACCAUUUGACGAUGUGAGCGUCACCUCUCGCUGCGACGAGGAAGAAGGCAUGCAGGGGCUGAACGAAGAGUUGAACCGCUUUCAGAUCACGGGGAUGGACACACUUCCUCGUGGCGAAAGCGACGAUUCCUGGGAAGUAGAAUCGUAUGCAGCCGACUCGAUGAACCUCGCCAAGUUGCGAUUGGCUCAUCUCACCUUGAGCCACGACGAUUUGGGGUAUGGCGACUACGAUGAUGACUACAGCUGCAGUGAUUCGUCUCGUGGACAGGGCUCUGCGCCCGCUCCUCGUCGCGGUCGUUCCCAGUACGUGAUCCCUGAUGAAGACGACUGGACUGUGCAGAGCGAUUGCAACGAUUCGAUCGGCCUUACCAGAGAACAUCUUGGGAUGAAGGUGGGGCAGAAGGUUGGUAUGCAGCCCUUGCCCAGGGUCACUCGUCGUCGCGCUUCCAUGGAUAAUUAUAUGGGACAACAACAAGAACAGCAGCAACAGCAGUCUCCUCGUCGUGUUGUCUCUUCUCGUCCAACUUCGAUGCGCCGCAUGUCCAUGUCCUCCGUGUCCACGGUGGAAGAGUCAGUGAGCGGCAGUAGCCAAGGAAGCGGCAACUCGAACGAUCCUGCCGGUCGCCGCAGCACCAUUGUUCGCCACAAGUCCAUGCCCUAUGUCAAGAGUACUACAGGAGGAAGUGCCAUGCCCUUGUGGCCAGCAGGCAGUGAAACCCCACGCCAAAAGAUGAAGCGCCGUGUCAGCAACGGAGGAACACCAUGUGCUGCAUAA